GCAGUGGAUGGUCGAAAUGAACUAUUUUUGCUUCAGUUUUUACAACUCUCUGGAACCACGAAGCAAAUAAAUUAUAAACAGCUCACCGUCAUGCUGAUGAUUAAGAAGAACAUCCGGCAAAUUUAUGCCAUAUCAUCAGGUCUAUUCAUCUUGAUUCCAUCGGGAAUUUUUCUCGCCGUUGGUUUGUUCAACCCUGAGCUGCUCCAACAUUCGUGGACCUAUGACCAUGAGGAAUAUACAAUUUUGGUAACUAUACUGAUGUUUCACAUAGGAGCGAUUGCCGGGGCUGCAAUCACCGUACUGAUGCUUCCCAGUUACUAUAAACAACACAUCGCGCGCUUCUACUACUAUGCCUACAUUGGUGCUGGAGUUCUUUUGGCUGCCCGAUUCUACGAUCUCUGGUCUAUCCUGAUCGCGAGAAUUGUUGGAGGAAUGGCGUUCGGAUCCGUCUAUUUGACUAUCGUCAUUCACGCAGGUGAAAUUGCGGCCAAUGAUUUCCGCACGACGGUUGUUGCUUUCGUCAAUAUUUUUCUUAUGAUUGGAUUCCUAAUGCACGCAACAAUAAACUCGCUAAUUAUGUAUGACGACGCAAUGGAACCGACUCAGAUUUACGGAAUCGUAGCGAUCUUGGCAGCCGUAGGCAGUGGAUUAUCCGCAACAUUCCUUACACGAGAGUCGCCGUUUUUCCUGUUGAAACAAGAAGGAGAAGCAGCUGUUGCCGAUACCAUUGCCAAGUUGCGAAAGGAAUCGAUCGAUUCCUCGACGGUGUUUGCUGAACUAGUCGAAGUUAAGUUAACUAUUCGGAGUGAGCCAGAAGUGUAUGCUAACAUUUACAAGGAAGGAAAUCUAAGACCGCUAACCCUGCUGAUAAUAUGUGCUGUUAUAAAAGCAUUGUGUUUUAAUCUUAUUCUGAAUCUCCUUCAAUUGUACGUCGUCGAUGAGGUGAAUUUAUGGUGGAGUAUAAAAGAGUACAACAUGGCACCUGUGUUACUGAUACUGAUUCGAUUAGCGGCUGGAAUUGUUUGGAUCAGAACAGAAGACAAAUUACCUCGAAAGUCCAUGUUCACAUUUACAACAUUCUUCGGUGGAGGAAUCCUGAUAGCUGUCGGAAUUUGCUACCAAACCGAUAGUGACAUGUCUUCUCGGACUAUUGUUCCUUUGUUUUGUGUCUACCAGCUGAUUUCAGCGAGUGGCAGUUCGUUCAUUGGAGAUGUUUUUUGUUCGGAAGCAUUCCCACCAAAGAAGAAAGUACUCUCGGUUGCUAUCGUACAGUCGAUGGAGCAACUGGUUCAUGUUAUCGUUCUGUCAGUUGCAUUUUCACCGAAUUUCACCAUCCACCGGACCAUAUUUGGAGAGAUUCUGCUAGCAAGCGGAAUACUAACUUUGGUAGGCAGUACUAUGUUGCACAUACUGCUGCCGGAAACGAAGAACAUGUCCCUUCGAAUGGCUCGGGUCGAGUUUAAACAGAAUAAGCGGGAGGACACAUGAACAAUCUCUUACAGAAGCAAACAAAACAAGAGGAUUAAAAUUUUGCGAGCACAGACAAUAUGAGGGAUCUUCAAAUUAGAAAAAUAUAUUUUUUGCAUGUUCAAUCCUUAAACCCUCUAGUUUUAAGUGGUUUCAAAUUAUUCUAAUAUUUCAGAUUUAGGAAAAUUUUUUAAUUAAGAUAUUAGAAUCUAAAGUCCAGCGAAACGUUAAAAAUAAAACACUUAUCCGACUCAAUUCAAUAAUUAUAAUUCGAUAAUGGUUCAGUUAAAAACUACUUACUCUAUUUUACAUUGUUUUAUUUUGCUUACA